AAUAUAUUUAAUAAUAUUUAAUUGCUGUACUAAUAAAACAGCACUUAAGUACAUUUAAAUAAAUAACUAUAAAAAAGAUGUGUAAUAAACAUUAGCAAAGUAGAGGUAUAGAAGGACAUAUUUUAGAAUGCCCGAUAAAAGGAUUAUUAUAGUAUACCAGUUCAUGUGGCUUAAAUACAACUUCUAAGAUGUGUAAGCUAAAAUCAAGCUAUUGGACUUAUAUUUCAAUUAUAGACUAUUUAAUUCUUUUAUCUAAUCAACUAUUUCCUCAAUUUACAUGAAGUGUUCAAUGAGUGUGAAUCAAGACCAAUUUCACCUUUCUCUGGAGAGAUGCUCUCAGAGCAAUGAAACCAGUCAAGGCUGCAGUUCACAUGCAGGUGGUGAAGGUCGCCCUCAAGAUUUUUUCCUCAGUGAUUAUUUUGAUGGGGAGCAGGCAGCAAUGGCUCUGUCACUAGUCUUCUUCCUGCUUCUCUCUUGAACUCAAGUUUCUGCUCAGUGCUCAUGUCUUGUCAACUGCUCCUCUGCAUCACUUUAAGUGAGCGACAUGUGCGCACGACUGUUCCUGAGUGCCCUUCUUUUUGCGUCGUUUGUCGAUCACGGAGGCUGUGUAGGUAUGGAUGACGACUUAGAUCACGAUGACUUAGUUGGUCUCUCUUCGGAAGUGAAUCCGCACUCCAUGUUCUACCAGUCGCCAAUCGACCUCGAGUCCAAAGAAGCUUAUCCAAUCGAACUCUCUCCACUCAUGUUCAAAGGGCAUUGGACGCUGGGCCACAAACCGUUGAUAAAGAACAACGACGAAACAGUGGAGAUCGGUGAAGCCUCAAGUGCCAAAUACCACGCGUCUUUGCGAGGUGGUCCACUUCACGGGACGUACAAAUUUUCCCAAGCUCAUUUCCACUGGGGCAAUCGCAGCAGCCACGGGAGUGAGCACACCAUUAAUGGCCACCAAUAUUCCAUGGAGGUACAUUUUGUUCAUCAUCACAGCAAGUACAAAAAUAUUAAAGAAGCUCGUGGAAAAGUGGACGGACUAUGCGUUGUGGCAUUUUUUCUGAAGGUGACGGAAAAAAACCCUCGCACAAAUAAUCGGUUCAACCUGAUUGUCCACCAUCUAACCAAACUUCGAUCAGCUAAGUCGGAGGAGGCCGCUGAGCCUAACAUUCUGACGUGCCUUAAGCCAAUAGCGACCCCCGGCGACUACUUCUUCUACUACGGCUCCCUCACGACCAAACCCUAUAGUGAAAAUGUUCUGUGGAUUGUCUAUCCAAAAUGGGCCUCCGUCACGGAAUCUCAGGUGGACGAAUUUCGCCAUAUACGGGGCGCAGGUAAUAAAGUGAUUAAAUCAAACUAUCGAGGAACUCAGGACUUAAAUGGUAGAACUGUCUAUUGGGUCACAGCGACUAGCGAUGAAUACAGUUACUAAUAUUUUCUGCGAGGGCUGGACAGAAGCAUUAUAAAGACAACUUUAGUCAAUGAAAAGCUAAAACUCAGCUUAGUUUACACUCUACGUUCCCUUGUUUUUAAAAAUUACUUAUCAUGAACAUUUUUGCUUUGGGGUGGCUCAAAUCAAUCUUACAAUGAAUGAACCGAUCCCAGAAUUUUCCCGAUGCGUUCUCUGUAAAAUCAGUUGCAGACAUCUAAUCUAAGGGAAGAAAUGGACUGCAUUUUGCAAUUUGGAACUAUAAAUUCUAGCCCGGUUAAAAAAAAACGUAUGUGCCAUUAGUUUCCCUAUGCGCACAAGUGUUUUUCCAGAAGAGCCAGAAUUUAUAGUUCCAAAUUGCAAAAUGUAGUCCAAAUUGAAUUCGUUCCUUUUUGUGGAUGUAUUACAAGUCCCGCAUGAAAAUAUGGAAAAUCUUUCUUAACACUUUAUCGUUUUACAGAAUUAAGUAAGAAAAAUUAUUACUUUAAGUCGUUUGAAAAUUUCACCAAGUUUUCUCUGUACUGCCAAUGAAAAUCAACACAUUCGUAUCGUAAGUUUGCCGUGGUAUAUAGAGUUCUAAAAUGUAGAUUACAAGACAAAUGUGAUAGUUAAAAUUAAAUUGAAAAUUAAUUUAUUCGUUUUGUUGUAAAUUCAUGUAAAUACAAGAUUACUUAUUUAUUGAGA